CAUUAUUUGUAUUUAUCGACGCCGUUUUAGUUUCAGUAGAAGUAAAUAUUUAUAUUUACUGUUUAGCCCCGAUAUAAGGAUUCAUCUUUAAUUGGAUUAUGAGAUAAAUAGAUGAUACUGCCAUGCAAUUUCUAUUGGUUCAGAAUAGACACCAAACACUGACAUCGCAUCGCAUACAAGUGUGACGCGUGUAGCAAAACAGAAACAGUCUCUUUUCUUCUGCUAGCUACACCGCAUUCAGUCACAAGUUUUGAUAUCCCUGAUAUUACGAGCGAACUAGAAAAUCUUGUUUUCCGUCUCUUCUUCAGAACCUAUUAUAGUAGAAGUUGGAGUAAUUGUAUCCUCUUCAGUUCACAUUCUACGCUCCGACAUAAUUCUCAAACAUGAAUGAGAUAUCCAUUUACACUGUUGAUGCCUUCACCAGCUCUCCCUUUACUGGGAACCCUGCAGCUGUCUGCUUACUGGAAGACGACAUUUCAGAUAAUCUUAAACAGAAGAUUGCAGCGGAGAUGAACAUCUCCGAAACUGCAUUUGUAACGAAGGCCAAAGGUUCAGAUUUCACCUCAGAUUCUAACUUUUCUCUCCGCUGGUUUACACCCUCCACUGAGGUGCCAUUGUGUGGGCAUGCCACAUUAGCCGCUGCUACGGUGUUAUACCGUGUAGCUGGGAACACAAAUCAGCUGAUCAGUUUCUCAACCAAAAGCGGAAUACUCACAGCUGAAAAAGAUGGCGGCAUGAUAGUUCUUGAUCUUCCCUCCAAUCCUCCUGAGGAAGUGAGUGUAGAGGAGUACAGAGAUCUCAUUCAUCUAGUAGCUGGUGAUCUCCCAGUCAAACAGUGCUAUCUAUCCAAACAUACCAAAAAACUUCUAGUGAGGGUGGAAGUAUGAGGGAUAGGAAGGGGGGAA